ACACAUACCUGUGAGCGUUUGCGUGAGCGUGUGUGAGUGCGUGUCUGUCAAAUGUGAAAAUAAAAUAAUUCAGAACGGCUUCGAGCAGCAAACGUCGAGUAGAAAACAGAAAAAAAAGUAGAGAAAUAUAAACUAAACGUGAAAAGCCGUUGCAAUUAUUGCGUUGUCGUCGCGUAAUAUUUAGUGGAACGAGCAGCGCCAUGGAUUAUAAUAGAUACAGCGCCUACGGCAUUGGACAGCGUCGCCAGCCCAAUGAUGCGUUGUCUUUUGCGCCAAUUCGUAGUGGUAGUGGUGGAAGCGGCGGUGGUGGUGGCAAUGGCAAUGGUGGCUCUGCUGCUCUCGAUGAUAAUUUUCGUGGAGCGUCGCUGUCGAUGAAUUACGGCAAGAACAGCAAUGAUUUUAACAUUAACAGUCAACGCUAUGCAGAUAUUGAUGGCAACAACAAAUAUGGAAGCGUGCAAUCAAAUAAUCAUUUUGGCGGCGGUGGUGGUGGUGGCGGUGGCUACUCAAAUUUUACCAACAAAAACAAUCAACGCUUUGGUAACAACAACAACCACAACACCAAAGUCAACAGUCGCAUUGAAAACUACGACGAUCAUUUUCGUGGAACGCAACAACAACAACAAUCGAGUUUUUUAGGACGCAAUUUAGAUCAGCGUUUUGCAUUGAGUGAAAAAAUCUCACGCAAUGUUGCAAGCAAUCUGGAUUAUAUGCCACCACAACAACAGCAAACACAACUGUCAGCUAAUAUGGGCUUUGUUCGUUCCCUAAGCGAUUUAAACAGCUACAGCAGCAACAAUAACAAUAAUAACAGCAACUACAACAACAGCAACAACAACACUGACAACAAUCAACGUUUUUACCCAAAUAAUAAUAAUGAACGCAACAUUGAUUCGUUUGUGCGACGUUCCGAUAAUUUCAAUGACAACUUUUGCGGACCGGACUCGAAUCUGAGUCAACAAUCGAAGCAUUUGAGUCGCAACCCUGGCUCUUCCAAUUACGUGAAAGAGCGCUCCAACCCUGGCGCCUCCAAUUACAAGCUGAAUAAUUUAAAUGAACGUUAUAAUAAUGGAGGCAACUUUGGCUACAACGAGCGUGGCUUUGACUGCGAUUUUCGUGGCCAGCAGCAACAAUCGAACAACAGUUAUGCGACCAACUUUGACAAUAAAAGCCACAACAAUAAUAACAACAACCACAACUAUAGUAACAAUUCCAACAACAGCAACAACAAUCGAAGCAAUCCGCAGCAGUUUCGGCGCCUGAACAAUACUGGCGAUGCGCUGGUCAUGCUGGAAACCGUCAAAGCAUUGAUGAUGAAGAACCAAUCCAACUCGCAGGUCGGCAACAAUAAUUGCGGCUUUGGACAGGGCGGUCCGCCGACUGGCGGCAUUCGCAAAUGGCAUCCAGAUAAUCAGAGCGGACAAAAACCGAAUAUGCCCAUGGCCCAUGCGAACAAUCGGCCACAGAUGCCUAAUAUGCAAUCCAGGCCGCAAAGGCAGUUAAACAACAACAGCAACCACAACAACAACAACAACCAUAACAACAGCAACAACAACAACCAUAACAACAGCAACAACAACAAUGGUAAUAUGCCACAAGCACCCAUUAUUGGCGCCCGUAAGCCACCAGCCGGCGCCAAUAAGUUUCCGGGGAAUAGACUUCAGAAUCCACAACAACAGCAACAACAACAAAAACAACAUAUUAAUAAUCCAGCAAACAGGAUCAACAACAGCAACAACAAGCAGCAACUGGCUGGCAACCAACCAGCUACCAAGAACAUUAAUGGUGGUAAUAAUAAUGUUAAACCGAAACCAGUCCAAGUGCCGCCCAAAACCGUUUGUCCCCUCUCCUCCGGCGCCGUCGUGUCCCAAAAUACUCAAGCAAAAAGCGCCAACAAUAAACAGCCGGAGAUCAAGAAAGAAACGAUCGAUGUCAAACCUAAAGUUGCAGGUCAAAAGCGUGUCGCUGAAAUACCCACAGCACCGCUCACCAAGGCGGUCAUCAAGCGUCGCAAGCUGGCAAUUAAGCGAGGAUUUUUACUUGGCGGCUUCAAGUUGCCGUAUAUACACAAUAAUAAGAUUACCCAUCCGCAGCCGGAGGACAAGUCGUAUGCCGUCAUGUUCUUCGAGCAGGCGCCCAAUUAUAGCACGAGCGGUGAGGAGCUGGACGACAUGGAAAUGGCCGAGAUUCAGGAUAGUGAACGGGAUGGCAAAAAUGUUGGACGCACCUUAGUUAAACGGAUUCGCAAGCGUCUCCACCACGAGUGGACAAUUAUGGAGGAGGCGAAGACAUACAAGAGCUGGCAGACCUGGUGGACGGACUACAAGUGGUGUGAGAAUGCGAUCAAGGAACAGCUCCAAACAUUUGGCAGCAUCAAUCUGCGCAAUUGCUUUAUACCCGAUUUGCCGCGUUUAACCACCGAACAGGUGGUCGAUUUUAUCGUUCAGCAGGCCCAAUUUGGCUUGGAGAAGAACUCGGAUAACUAUUAUAACAACAUGAAGUCCAUUUUUACAUUGAUGAACAUAACGUUCUUGGAGAACCUUAAGAUGCCCAACACCGAGAAGGUGCAGGAAAUGAUACGCGCCGUACCCAACGAAUUCUGGUCGUACAAGAUGCGCAGCAUGGUCUAUUUGUGGGCACAGUAUCUAAAAAUCUCAAAGACCUCGUCGCCAUCGACGGAAAUUGGCGCCAAGGAGCUGCAGGCCAUUGAGAGGGACUGGAAGAAUCCCCUAUUCCAUUGGAUAGCCAAGCAGGCAUUCGACGAGCUCAAGGCAAUUAGCGAGGUGGAAUGGCCGGAGCACAAUGAGCUUUAUGCAAAUCUGGAAUCAUCUGCCCCAACAUCUUCCUAGAGAAAUACACAUGUGUGCUUGUAUGCAUUUCCCAAUCCCCAAAACUGAUUUGAAUAUAUAUACAUAGACAAACUUCUAUUUGUUAUGUGUUAUGUUUUUCAACAAUCACAAAAACCAACGUAAACACAAAUUGUAAUUGAGAAUAAAAGAAAUCUAAAUAAAUGCAUACAUACCAUCUAAAAUAGAGUCUUGUA